AUGUCUGGAAAGAUAGAUGCCUAUGUCGAUUGCGUCUCACCUUACUCCUUCUAUGCGACCCUGUAUUUGAGGAAGAAUCGCAAGGCGCUGGAGUCGCACGGUGUGGAGGUCGAAUUUCACCCUGUUUUCUUGGGCGGGAUCAAUGUGGGCUCUGGAAAUAAACCACCAUGGACACUGCUUGCCAAAGCCAACUACUCCAAAUUUGACACCCAGCGCGCAUGCAAAUACUUCGGUGUGCCGCAGAUCAAGACACCUGAUUUCUUCCCCAUCCUUUCAGUCAUGCCCCAACGCUGCAUGAUCUACAUCAAGCGCACCUACCCGCGCGAGCGGUUCGAGACCACUUUCCUCUCGCUGUGGGAGUGGAUGUACCACAAGAACAUCGACAUCAGCAAGCCUGAGCAAUUGGCCGAACUGCUCAAGACCCACAACUACUCCGACCACGAAAUCAAAGCCACCCUGGAAGCGGCAAAGAGCCCAGAGUACAAGGAGGCUCUCACGGCCAACACGCAAACAGCGUUGGAUCGGGGCGCGUACGGCGCGCCGUGGUUCUGGGUGCGGAAUAAGGAGGGCAAGGAGGAGCCUUUCUUCGGGAGUGAUCGGUUUGCGUUUAUGUGGCAGUAUUUGGAUCUGCCCUUCCAGGACGUGGCUAUUGUUGAGAACACCGGGAAAGCACGAUUGUAG